AUGCAAGGCUUCGAGGGGGCGACGAUGAGUCACCGGGAGCACUUUCUGCUGGUCGAUCCGGAUUUUGAGAGUGACGCCGUGAUCCUUGGCAGCACACAAGAAGCGCUUGGGGGGGAAUGUCAUGAAGCUGAGGGAAGCCAUGAGUACCUGCACCAGGUGGGAGUGCACCGACAAUGUCUACUACUACGGCACCACUGCGCUGAGGGCUCUCAUGGCGUGGGCGCUGAUGGGGUGCGUGCAGCAGCACACGAACCGAAGCUGCUCACGGGGCACUACGAUGACUUUUUUGGAGGUAAUGGAGGAGACGGCGAGCUUACCUGGGGAGAAUCUUAA